ACACCAAUGAAUCAAGCCUCAACCCGAUCUCACUGCAUUUUCACUAUUCAUAUCUCCAGCAAGGAACCUGGAUCUGCAACUAUCCGACGCUCCAAAUUACACUUAGUAGACCUUGCUGGAUCAGAGCGUGUUGCAAAGACUGGAGUUGGAGGUCAUUUAUUGACAGAAGCCAAAUAUAUCAACCUGUCGUUACAUUAUUUGGAACAGGUAAUAAUUGCCCUUGCAGAGAAAAACCGGUCCCACGUUCCUUACCGAAACUCUAUGAUGACCUCAGUGCUAAGAGACAGCCUGGGAGGAAACUGCAUGACUACCAUGAUAGCAACGCUUUCCAUAGACAAAAGAAACAUAGAUGAAUCUAUAUCAACCUGCAGAUUUGCACAGCGAGUUGCUCUUAUUAAGAAUGAAGCAGUUCUUAAUGAAGAAAUUGACCCCAGAUUGAUGAUUGUCCAGCUGAAAAAGGAGAUCCAGGAGUUGAAGGAUGAGCUGGCGCUGGUGACUGGCAAGCAAAGAACAUCAGAGCUUUCACAAGAAGAGCUACUUCAGUUGAAUGAGUUAAUUGAAACAUUUCUCGAAGAUAAUGAUCCUGAUAGCACUCUGGAUGUUGGUGCUGACAUGCGCAAGAUCAAGUAUUGCUUCGUUCAUGUGAAGCAACUAAUGAAUCAUUCAAAGAUUUCUGAUAAAAAACUGCUCUCACAACACAUCUCUGAAGAAAAAGACACUAGCAAAGAAGCAAGAGAAGAAGAAUUGAAAAAACUGAAAAAACUUCUGCAGCAAAGAGACAAUGAAAUCCGUAUCCUUUGUGAGGAACAAAAUAAUGUUUGA